UUGUCCUCCCAAUGGCCGCCCCCGCCGUGGUGUUCGUGUCCCCGGCUACGGUGCGCAGACCUUCCACCACCGCUGAGCACCGGCGCGCCACCCUCCGGGGCCUCGACUCUUGUAGGUCCAUGCCGGAGCUGCGGCUGUACCACUCCCAGCUCAUCCGCCUCGGACUUUCCGAGGACAACGACGCCGUCGGACGCCUCAUCAAGUUCCUCGCCCUCCACCCCUCCGGCGACCUCCCUUACGCGCUCCACCUUCUCGGUCUCCUCCCGCGCCCCGACCCCUUCGUCUUCAACACCCUACUCGGCGCCCUACCCUCCCCCGCAGAAUCCCUCCUCCUCUACUCCGACAUGCUCCUCCGCUACGUCGCCCCCAACAGCUUCACCUUCCCGUCCAUCCUGAAGCCCAUCUCUGCCGGCCGCGACAUCGACGCCGGCCGCCAGGUCCACGCCCACGUUCUCAAGCUCGGCUUCCACCCUGACGUCUUCUCCCAGAACAACCUCAUCCGCUUCUACCUCAGCUGCGGCCUCACCGUCGAUGCUCGGCGUGUGUUCGACACCAUGGCUCGCACGGAUGUCGUCUCUUGGACGACGAUGAUCAGCGGACUAUCCAAACUUGGCUCAGUCGAUGAGGCACGCGAGCUGUUUGAUCGAAUGCCCGAGAGGAAUUCUGUUUCGUGGAACGCGAUGAUUGCUGGGUAUGUGCAGUGUGGGAGGUUCAAGAAUGCGUUUGAGCUAUUUUCUCGCAUGCGGACAGAAGGAAUCGAGCUCAAUAAGUUUGUCGCGGCCAGCAUGCUGGCUGCCUGCUCGGGAAUGGGAGCAUUGGAGCAGGGGGAGUGGAUUCAUGGGCACAUUGAGAGGAUGGGGAUCGAGUUGGAUCCUAAGCUUGGCACCACAAUCAUCGACAUGUAUUGCAAGUGCGGUUGCUUGGACAAGGCAUUCAAGGUCUUUCGUGGAUUGUCCUGCAGAGGGCUCUCAUCUUGGAAUUGCAUGAUUGGAGGGCUCGCAAUGCAUGGCCUUGGUAAGGAAGCUGUUAAACUGUUCGAUGAAAUGAUGAAGGAAGAGGUGAUACCCGACGACAUCACCCUCUUGAAUGUCCUCAGUGCUUGUGCGCAUGCAGGAUUGAUCUCUGAGGGUCGACAUUACUUCUACUACAUGGUUCGUGAGUUUAGAAUUGAGCCAAAGAUGGAGCAUUUCGGGUGCAUGGUUGAUUUGCUGGGAAGAGCAGGGCUUUUGGAUGAAGCAAAGCAGGUCAUACAAGAGAUGCCUAUGGAUGCCGAUGCUGGUGUUCUGGGUGCUCUUCUUGGGGCGUGCAAGAUUCAUGGCAACGUCGAUCUUGGUGAGCAAAUUGGUCGAAGGGUUAUCGAAUUGGAUCCUCUUAACAGUGGUCGAUAUGUAUUGCUGGCUAACCUAUUUGCUAGUGCGGGAAGGUGGGAUGAUGCGGCCGAAGUGAGGAGGUUGAUGAAUGACAGGGGGGUCAACAAGGAGCCGGGAUGUUCGAUGAUUGAAAUGGGUGGUGUGGUCAGUGAGUUCAUUGCCGGCGGCAAGUCUCAUCCCCAGGCCAGAGAAAUAUAUGUCAUGGUGGAUGAGAUGUUGGAGAGGAUAAAGGCAGAGGGAUAUGCUCCAGACACUAGUGGAGUGCUGCAUGAUAUCGAUGAGGAGGAGAAAGAGAAUCCUCUUUACUACCACAGCGAGAAGCUUGCCAUAGCUUUCGGGCUACUGAACACUAGAUCAGGUGACACGAUACGCAUCACAAAGAACUUGAGAGUUUGUAGGGAUUGCCAUGCAGCGAGUAAGCUCGUCUCCAAAGUUUUUGACAGGGAAAUCAUUGUGAGGGACCGGAACCGUUUCCACCAUUUCAUGGGAGGAGAGUGUUCUUGCAGAGACUAUUGGUGAGAUGGAGUUGCAUGCUCUUCAGAGUGCUUGCAUUCAUUUUGCUGUGGCAAAGAUCCUAAAGAUCAAUAGCUUUUUUAUGUGAAGGAUAAAACAAAUGAAGCUGCAUUGUUGAUGACCAAAUUAGGUUGAAGUGUUUAUAGAUAAAGAAACUAUUGUUUUGUGAAUACAGCAGAAGACCAAAGAGUUGUAACUUGCACAGAAUGUUCAGAAACAUGGUUGUAACAUGUUUAUGAUCAAAAUGUGAAAGCACCACCGGCUUAUUGACUGAGAUGGGAAACUCAGAUUUCGUGUCA